AUGGGGCAAAGAAAAAAUUCGAAGGAAUCGGAAACAGGCAAACAGAGAGAGGAUAGCAUAGAUUCUGACAGGACGGAGCAGACAGUCCUAGAGGACUUUGACGAGGAAUCUCCUGUGGCCGCGCCUUCAGAGACAUUUGACGAAACAAUAUUAAGUGAAAAUACCCCAACCGAUGCGCCCGAGGAACAAGAGUCCAGUGUGGAUGAGACCCUGGAAGUGCUUUCAAGGGAUGAACCGCUGCUACCAAAGAAAAGCGUAACACGGUCGAAAGUAGGCAAAAAGGCAAAAAAGAAGGGUACGAGGUCAAUGGUCGGGCAAAAGCUCCAUCACGUAGCCCCGUCGUCUACACCAUUGGACGCGCCAAUACCAACCCCCACGGCAUCUUUGGACGAGGUCUUCCUGCCUCCUCCAGAGGAUACCGGUGCUUCGGUUUACGAGCCUCCACCCAGCCAAGCACCCUAUUACACUGAAGAAUUCUUACCCUCUGUUUCGACAACAUUGCCAACAACACCUUCCCAGACUGGAAGCAUAAUAGUCCCCGAAGAAGACUCGCUGGAAGAAUCAGCACCCCCAACCCAAACCCGGACAGAGGCACCAUCUGGAGAACCGGCUUUGGAACCAACAGCACAGCCCACCCGCCUGCCAACGCGCCUACCCAAGACAGCAACACCAACGGAAGAACCAACCUUCCUGCCAACUACAGAGGAGCCAACCAUUCUCCCUACAGAAGAGCCAACCAUCCCGCCUACAGCAGAAACAACCAUUCUCCCUACAGAAGAGCCAACCAUCUUGCCCUCGACCGCAGCACCAUCAGUACAGGAGACUUUCAAACCCUCUAUGAUACCAACGGAAUUUCCAUCCCAAUCUGGAAUCCCUGUAGCUGUUACAACCGACGAACAAGCAGUGGCAUUGUAUGAGUUUACUCCAGGUGAGGUUUCAGAGCCAGAUUCCGCCGAGGUAUUUAGGUUGCAAAUCGCGACAACAGCGUUUUACAUUGGUAUCUUUUCGGAACACUACAGCGACAACCCAGACACCACCUUCCUGAACAUUGUAGCGACAGUGGCAGACCUUAGAUAUGACCCUGAUGCAGAACCUCCCAUUCAAGUGGAUUGGGACUUUCGAAUUUUCUUUGAUGCCAACUCCAAUGUCCUUCCAACCCAACAGGAGCUUCUGGCACUAAUCUACGCAGACGAAGAUGCGUUGAACGAGUAUGUGGAAAUCUAUCUGCACAACAGCGACGAUGUGUGGGCCUCGGUCAUUCGCGUCACAUACAGUGAGGCCCCUGAAGGAGAGCUUCCCGAGCCUGAACGACCAUCCUUCCGCCCAACUCGACGACCAAGUGGUCAACCAACUCUAGUCGCAACUCUGAUACGCACGUUGUCGCCCACGCUUACCCCACCUGAAGAAGGCCUUGAUUUUCCUACCGAGGAGGUGGAGGCAACGUUGCGGUUCGGCUUUAGUUCCGACGACGAUGUGGAGGAGCCUACUGAAGAGGACUUGAAUCGACUGGAAAGUGCCUUGAGCGCAUUCUAUACCGCCCUGUACACGCAAGUCUAUUUGGACGAGGACGACACGAAUCUAGCAACGGUGGUGGCUACCGUGGUAGAGACUUCGUUCAACGACCGUUCCAACGAGCCCUUGCAGGUCAACAUGAACUACAACAUUUUCUUUUCACACGACACGACUGUGAUACCUUCUUCGGAGACACUGUUUGAGAUCAUGGAGCGGAACAGCGAGUUUUUGCAGAAUUCUAUUCUAGAGGAUUUCGAAUGGAUGGAGGACAAUAUCUGGAACCAGGUAUCCAGUGUCACGGUGGAACCUUUGACAUCAAUACGAAGAAGACGAAGACAAGGAGGGAAAAAGAACAAGAAAAAGCAGGAUUCUUGA